AUGGUUGGCUUAUGGCCUUACGAACAGUCCAAACUCACUCGACUGCAACGAAUCUUGUUCAGUGGCACCUUAAUAACUUUUAUUCUAGUUCAGUUUGCAACAUUCGCGACUUCGAAGUGCACUCCGCAGUUUGUCAUCGAGGUUCUCUCUGUUACGUUUCUCUUCAUCGCUUAUGCAAUUGAAUACACUGCGUACUGGAUUCACCUAAAAACCAUAAAACAUUUACUGGAACUACUUCAACAUAUUUACGACGAGCUGAAUGACGAAGAAGAAAUUGCCAUUAUGAAUGAAUACGGGAAUAUGGCUAGAUAUCACACUGGCAUACUCACGAUUGCUUUGAAUCAUUUCUUAGUUUUGUCCACGUGUGGCAUGUCCGUUUUUACGUUAUUCCCAUUCUGGCCGUGCAUGUUCGACAUCGCAUGGCCCGCGAACGAAUCUCGACCUCAUACGCGGAUAUAUAUUCCGACUGAGUACUUUAUCGAUCAAGAGAGGUACUACUAUUUGAUUAUGCUGCACUCCAACGUAGCAUAUUACGUGGGCUCAACUGCAUUAUUAGCGGCCGGAACAACCGGCAUGUCGUAUUUUCUACACAUCUGUGGAAUGUUCAAAGUCGCCAGUUAUCGCGUGGAGCAGGCCAUGAUGAUCUGUAGCGUGAGAAAUCAGAAUCUGAUUCAUGAAGGGAUUAUUUAUGCCAUAGAUAUGCAUCGAAAAGCUAUAAGCGUGAAACUCAUGUCUCAGAUUUUCCAGGUAAUAACAUUUGGAUUCGAUCUGGAAAAACUGAUAAUACCUUUUAUUUGUUUAAAUACCACUAACAUCUUCAUAAUACUUGCUAACAAUAACGCGCAACAAAUUACGGAUCAUAAUGACGACAUGUUUGCUGCUGUGUAUAACGUUAAAUGGUACAAUGCUUCUUUACGUAUACAAAAGAUGAUACUGUUCAUGUUGCAAAAAGGCACUAAACCUCUUUGCGUGACUCUCGGUGGAAUAUUCACAGGAUCUUUAGAAAGCGCUGCCAGGCUAAUAAGCACUUCGAUGUCUUACUUCACUGUUCUUUAUUCAACACGCCAAAAUAUGUAG